AUGUCUGCACAAUUAGAAAAAUAUGCUAAAUCAAUGAAAGAAUUAAGUGGUCAAUAUGAAUCAUCUGAUGAAGAAGAAGAAGAUGAGGAUUUAAGUGAUGAAUCUAUUGAUGAAGAACCUGAAUCAAAGAAGAAACAUGAUCAAAAACAAAAACAAGUUAAAGUACAGAAUGGUAAAAAGCAUCAAGAGCAAGAAGAUGAUGAAGAAGAUGAAUUUGAAGAAUGGAGUGGAUUUGAAGAAGAUAAAGAACCAAAGUCUAAAGGUAUAUUGAAAAGAAUCUAUGCAGCAUCAAAUCCAGAUCAUAAUAAUUCUAAAGAUGAAUCAGAUGAUGAAGGUACAACAGUAACGAUUGAAAAUAUUGAAUUAAAUAAUAAUUUAGAAGAAAUUGCAAAAUUAAAUUAUGUUAAUUUAACAAAAUCUCAAGAAAUUUUAGAUAAAAGUAUAGAUCGUGCUAAGAAAUAUGCAGUUAUUGCCGGAGCUGAAAAACCUAAAAAAAAUUUAGCACAAAAGAAGAAGAAGUUUCGUUAUUUAACUAAAACUGAACGUCGUGCAAAUAAUAGAAAGGCAAUUGAAAGUAAAAAAAAAUCAAGAAAUAGAGAUUAA